CGCCGGCUCUUUGCACACUAAACGGAGCGAGCUGCAGUCAUCCGGCUAAAACACCCCGGCUGAUGUUUCUCUCUUUUUAACUUCUCUACAUAAAGGAGGUACUUAGAACAGGCGACUAACGCUGUUCUGACAGCUUUCUAUAUUCUCUAUCUAUAUAUAUUUCCAGUUCUGACAUCUUGGUACAAGAAGGCGGCGAGAGAAAGCGUUAUCACAAAGACAAGAGUUGAGAAAUGGGCCGCAAGCUGGACAUGUCAAAUCUGACAGAGGAGGAGGCGGAGCAUGUGCUGCAGGUAGUGCAGAGAGACAUGCAGCUACGUAAGGCAGAAGAAGAGCGUCUUAGUGAGUUGAAACAGGAGCUGGAUCAGGAGGAGAGUCGUUGUGUUCUGCUGUCACGCCAGCGUGGCUUUAAUGAACGUUGCUGCAUCCGCUGUUGCUCAUCCUUCACCUUCUUUCUGAAGAAACGCCGUCGCUGCUUGGACUGUCGCUACAACGUCUGCAAGCGCUGCUGCUCGUAUUCUGAAACUGAUAAAAGCUGGCUGUGCUCCGCCUGUGAGAAAAGCAGACUGCUAAAGACACAGUCUCUAGAGUGGUUCUACAGUAAUGUGAGGAGACGGUUUAAGAGGUUUGGCAGUGCCAAAGUGCUGAAAAUGCUCUACAGGAGGCACGUUGGAGACCAGGGGAGCCAGGCCGAAUUUACAGGUGUUGAACAAGGAAGUACAUACGCUGAAAGCACUGAUGACAGUGUUUAUGAGAGCGACUCUACAUUCUACCAGCAUACUGAAGAGCGGAGCAUGGCAGAGAGCAUCAGUGUGGCAUUGCGUGUGGCAAAAGAGGCCAUAGAUGAGGCUAUUACCAAGGCAGAGAAACAAACAGGCAAUCAGGAGAAACUGAAAGAGGCUUGUUAUCUACGAGACAACAGAGGAGAGCUGAUAGAAGAGCUCACCACCAUGAUUGUGCAGACAAUUAUCUGCAAGAAGAGAGAUCUAUCCGAGAUGCAUACAGAGUGUAAUUUGGAGUCACCACCAGAUCAGAACAGUAAUAAGUCACAAUCAGCCUUCUCACGUCUCACUGAUGAAAUACUGACCCAGCAUGACAAAGCUGAGCAAAGUUCUAUGCUCUGCACACAGGGGCUGAAGAUGGAUGAAGUCCCUGCUGUUGCUAGCUGGAACCUGAAUAUGGACUGGAUGGAAAACUCCUGUGCAUCCUCAGUGCUACAGAGUCCAGAUGGAAACUGGUUCGCCCUGCAGAGUACUCAACUGUCUCGGCUGAGCCUGCCGACCAAGCGUGAGAACCUGAUGUUCAGCGCCCUGGAGAAGGAAUCUGGUGUGAUCUCAGCCUAUGAUGGAAUGGUCUCUGACACUGAGUCAGACUCUGAUGGAGCCUGGGAUGCUGCCCAGCUGGAGAUUCACGGCACACUGUCCUCCAGUAACCUGUUAAAUGACCAUCAUGCCGCCAGCUCACAGCCAGCUAUAAAAUUACCCACAAAAAAUACUGAUGACCAACCUCAAACUGACAGUGACCAGAACAACCGUGUGCCCCAAAUCCAUAAAUCAUCACUUCCUCUCCUGAAGAGGAAGGUGUCUCUAGAGGACAGGCACCUGUCUUGCCAAUGCUGUAGUGCCAUGGGUAUUAGUGCAAACCCUGAUGGUGGAGAAAGUAGCGAGGAUGGCUUAGAGGACAACAGGGUCAAGAGGACACGAAGGAGGAAAAGAAAUAAGCAUGAGGCUACAGAGGGGAAAAGCUUGAGAGUAUGCGGUGGGGAAAGGCUAUCUUUAUCUGAACCUCAGGACUAUGGCAGGAUGCUGCUGAAUUAUCUGUUGAAAUGUCAGAGCAAGAGGCAGAGUGUCUCAGAGUUUCCGAGUGACGAGACUAUGAAUGCAGACACGCCACACUCUGUGACCCCAGACAUUUUGAAAUCUGGGGCCAUGACCCCUGUUGCUUUUACAUCUGAUGUAGAAGACCCCAACACUGAGCAUCAUUUUCUGAGUAGUACUUCAGAUCAACAGCUGACAUCCAAACUGAGAGAACUGGCCAAUCAAGUCAAUGGAACACAGCUCCCCUUAACCAGGAAUGGGCUUGAUGGAGAAGAAGAGCCUGUAGAUGAGAGAAAUGAAAAGAGAGAGAGAGGGAAGAAAGAAGAAAGGGGAAGAGAGAGUAGAGAAGCCUUGUGUGAUAUGGAGGUGGAUGUAGACCAGGAAGACUCAGAGAUGAAAGAGGAUAAAGACAAUGAGAUAGAGAACAAAAAAUUAAGGAAUUCAGAAAACCUGAGCACAAAUAUGAUUGAUAAUAUGCACAAUGAAAUUUUACAAGAGACAGUAGAGAAACAAAGUGCAUUUGAAAUGGAGAGAACUGCCAGAAUGCCACAGAAAGAGUGCUGCUUUGAUUGUAAGUUUGAGGUCUUUGAGAGCGCUAAUAACACUGACUCUGAUGGUCAGAUUAAAAGUACUGAGGACAAAGCAAAUUAUAUGAGUGAGAGAAUCCAUGUAGAUCAGAAUGUUGAACAGGGAAAGAAAGACAGAUCAGAAAGUAGAGGAGGAGAGGAUACUGAGCCUGAGCCUGUGAAAAAACAACAAAGUGUAAAGAAUGAGGCACAUAUAGAACCAGAGGUCCGAAGUCUUUUGGAGAUAGACAAACAAAGAGAGACACCUGUAGAGAGCUGUGAAAAAAGUGAAAAAGUUGAAAGUCAAGAGUGCAGGAAGGCGACAAAAGACACUGAAUAUGCAGCUGAAAGUAAAAAAGACAGUCUAGACAAUACAGGAAGUGAAAAAAGAAUGAACGAGGAGAAAGAGAGACUAACAUACAGUCAGGAUAUUCUUGAUUUUGGUGAAGAAGGGGACUCGGAAUAUAAGAAGAUGAUUGAGAAUGUGGUUAAGGGUUUAAAUAUUAUGGAAGAGGAAACAGAGGCACAUAUCAGCAAUACAAGAUACAGCAUAUCAGAUUUCACUGAAGAAUUGAGUAAGGAAAAGGAGGAAAUAAUGAGAAAACAAAAAGAACAAAAUCAGAUGACACCAGAUAAUGAAAUAGGAUUCCAUAAUGAGAGAAUGAACAGGGAUGAACAUACACGAGAGAGUGAUAUGGAAAAUGAGAGCAGAGGUAACUUGGUUGAGAAAACAGAAGAGCAUAGUUUUGUAGCAGAAGCAGAACAGUGUAAUGACCACACACUCAAGGAUGUUCUGGACUUCACUCCUUCUGGUCAGGAAGAGUUUCUUUCCCCAGAGGAAAUCUACAAAGAUGUGCACUUAGAAAAAGACCUGCAGUUUGUCUUCACUCUGCUACAGCAGAAGUAUUCGGCUGCGUCACUACGCAGUAUCACCACUGAGGUGCUGAAGGUUCUCAAUGCCACUGAAGAUCUUAUCCAGGGUGCCAUGGGUCUCAGCCAGUCAGAGUCCUGGGAUCGAUCUGCCCUUCCUCCCACUCAGAGCAAGAGACUAGACGAACAGCUCAGCAGACUAGAGGAAAAUGUAUAUGUAGCUGCUAGUGCCAUAUUUGGGCUGGAGGCUGAGCUGGGAGAUCUUGAGGAGUGUGCACGCAGCAUCAGCGGAGAAACCACAGAGGAAGAACUCUCUCAGCUGGAGGAACAGGUGGCCUCAGCUGCUGCUCAAGUACAGCAGUCUGAGCUCCAGGUGUCAGAUAUUGCAGCAAGAAUUGCAGCUCUAAAAAAUGCUGGCCUAAAUGUAGCGCCACAGACACGUUUUGCCAAGCCACAAACCAUAGAUUCAUCUCGCCAGCACCGCCGCCGCCUGCCAGCACCUCCAAUGCAAGGUAAAAGGAUGUAGUGAGGCCCGGAGUUCAGAAAACAUCACUUUACAGCCACACAAGCAGAACCUCUGUGCCUUUAUUCAGUGAACUACAACCAGCCUUUUCUGUUAGCCAUAACCAAAAUCACUGCACUGCAAUCUGAUUCUGAUCACUUAGGACUGGAAGACACUCCAAAGUUUGUACAGCAUUACUGUGGGCCAACUUACAUCUGGUGAAUGGUGUAAAUGUAAAAGAAAAAACGCAAAACAAAGUGAAAAAAAAAAAAAGAACAAAGAUCAUUAUUAUACGUAAAAUUCCAUAUAUUACUGUGGGUUAUUUAUGCUCUAUGCACUUACGAAGGAGAGAAGAUUUUGUAGAUCCUGUUCCAUCUUAUGGAUCAGUUUGCUUUCAAAUCAGAAUUUAUUACCUUUGUUGGGAGCAUCUAAAGUUUGAAGUCUAUCUAUUUUAUUUAAACAUGUUCUACAAGAAACAUAAAGGCAGUCUAAAUAAUUUUUUUUUUCAUAUCACAAUUUGUCAGAACAUUAUUAACAAAUCAUGGGCAUUUCUGUCCCCUUGUUUAUUAUUGUUGCCCUUGUUUAUUCCUCAAGUAGAGCCUUCUAGAGAAAUACAUUUACUGGAAUCACACAGGAAUCAUAUAUACUAGUACAAUAAUUUUUAAUAAAAAUGUGUAAUUAUUUAGUAUGUAUUACAUUCCUUUAUGUAAUAUCAUAUCAGUGUUGCAUGUUUUUUUUUUCAUGCUGAUUAUAGCUCUAAAUAUCUGGAGAAUAGUGUGUAGAAUAGGCUUUAAUUCCUAAAUGGUUAAUGCAAUAUUUUUGUUAAACCCCUUGAAUUAAAGCUGAAAGUCUACACUUCAA